AUGGCCGAAUUCAACAUCUGGUGCACCAAGCUUGGCGUAAACGAGCCCGGCUACAGGGCGAUCGACUUUCGACUCAAGGGCGUUCCACAGAUUUGCGACGCCAUUAAUCUAAUGCUACAAUCGUUGCGACUUGACCUCGGCCGCCUUCUUGCGGUACCGGCGACGGCAGCCACGCCUACCGUGAUGCCCGAGAAAUCACCAAACGAGGAUCCUUUGGCGGUAGUGGAGCGAACUUCUAAAGGAUCGGGUGAUAGUGAGGGCGAGGACGGUGACGGUAAAGGGAGUGAUAUAUCAUCAUUAUCCUUUCCCAGCCUUUCCUCUUUCGAGAGCUCAGCAGACGAAGAGGAAGCAUUUGCGGGCUCGAACUCCGGUGCCUCGGCACUGUGGACGCAUAUCGAAGACACGAUCGACAGGCUUCACGGACUUGCUAGACGAAUCCAGGACGCUGGGGCUAAGGACCGUCAGGAUCGUAUUGCCCGUUACAGCAUGAAACCGGGGCCUAGCCAAGUGUCCAAGCUGAUCUUUGACAUAGCGACGGAGAUGCUCCAGCGGGGUGACCUUUUGGGGCGAGCCACAGAGGUUAUCAAGGAAAGAGUAGCAGAAUCUUUCGCUCGACGGCGGACGAAGUUUGCCUACCUAAAGUCACAUGAGACAAAGAGAUUCAUCGAUCCACCGGCCGAUCCAUCCGCAAGACCGGCCGCAAACACCCAACUCCAAGAAACGCCUGAGAUGCGUCAACCUGAGCGGCCGGAGAGCGUGGCGUCAACUAUUAUACGUCGCCAAGACUUUCCCAAAGCACCCGAUGUCACUGGAAAGGACGGCUUCAUGUGCCCGUACUGCCGUUUGUAUUUCCCUGCCCGAGAAGCGCGCAUGGAUCGCUGGAGGCACCAUGUGUUCAAGGACUUUGAGCCCUACUUUUGCAUUUUCGAAAAAUGCGACGCGCCGUUUGACGUACCCAAUACGUUCGAGGGCCUUCUCAGCCACAUGCAAACGGCCCAUCUGCCUGAGCAGUGGCACAUCGACACAGCGGAAGGGUACAGAAUUUUCGAUGAUAAAGCUGAGUUUGAGUGCUACGUCCGGAACCAAGGAGACGUACCGGAUCCGCUGCUGCCUACGAUGAUGGAGUUUGCCCGGCGCAGAAAGGCGCUAGUUCUCGACCGCUGUGACUUUUGUGGCGGCUACCCGGAUGUCAUCGAAAAGGACUUCCCCAAGCCGAGCAUGCCGGGUGCGCAAGAGGCGCUGCGGAAGCACAUCAAGAACCACAUGCACGACAUUGCACUAAUUCUCCCACCGGACCGCGACGACCUGGUUGGCGAAGAAAACGGCGAGACUGACAACAGCUCCGCUUUCUCAGGGGCCAGGACUCAGGCAGGGAGGAAUGAGGGGUUAGGCGGCUCCGAUCCCAUGGUCCCUUCGGUUUGCGGCCGGCAAAGCUGCGACUGUCGUCCCCGAGACAUAUCUAAGCAGGACUGCGACCUACCGGCUGCCGCGCUUGACGAUACAACGUUCCCGCCUGAGAGUGAGGUAGAUGAACUUUCGUUAUACCAGUAUCCUGACUGGGACGAGAUCUGGCGAGAGGGAAAGCGUUGGGAUAAUCUCAGAAUUGAGGAAGAAAGGUUUCGUUCCGCAUGGAAAGCCCGUGAGGCCGCCCUCGAGAGGUGGCUGCAGGAUACCAAUGAGAUCAGCAGAAAGGUGGAGCAGAUGCGCCGAGACAAGAACAUCAAUACCCCGAUCAAGAUCGCGAUUCUAGACACGGGUCUCAACAGGGGCCUUGCCGCCUUCGAGAAGAAUCCGCUACUCCUCAACUGCGUGAAGGGCUGGAAAGACUUUCUCCCGUUGCGGGAUUGCGGGUUUACGGACACCCACGGCCACGGAACUUUGAUGGCACGGCUGGUGAUGGAGUGCGCGCCGGGCGCGGAUAUCUUUGUUGCGCGGGUUAUCACAAGUCCCAGGGAUCUCGGGAUGGAAUAUCACUAUGGUCUCGAGACCUUCCUAGGGAGCACCAGGGAGGCAAUUCUUUGGGCCGCGGGCACCGUACAGGCCAACGUCAUCGUCAUGCCAUUUCCCAUCUUGCACGAGUUCAGCGCAGCGAUCGCUGGCGCGAUCUGGGAUGCCGAGCACAAGCGGGACGGUCAGGUCGUCUUCCUCGCCAGCGCCGAAAAGUCGUCUACGGAAGGCGAGAGCUUCCCGGCCUGCCACCGCUCUGUCAUCGCCAUCUACGCGACCGACAACCACGGCAAGGGCCUGCCCACAAACCCCAGGAUCUCGAGCGAACAGAACUGGGUCCUGGGCACGUGCGGCCAGCCACCGGGCUCCCUGCGGGCCGAGUUUGAGGACGGGCCCCAUCCAGGCGUCUGCGAGGCCGGCUCGUCGAUCGCGACGGCCGUCAUGGCGAGUAUCAGCGCGACGAUGCUCGGGUAUAUGGCCAUGCUGCCCUUGCUGGGCGAUGGUUCGGAAAGACGCCUGCGCCGGCUCAAAACCACGAGAGGGAUGAAAUUUCUGCUGAAUAAGAUGGCUGCGGACGACAAGGAAUUGGUGGACGAAAAGGUGCACGUCGUCAGACCAUCGGUAUUACGGAGUUACGGCAAUAACUUUGAGCAGGUCGCUGUCCUGCAUGACCCGCCGGCCCAUAGCUUUGAUGUAGUCCACGUAGCUGUCGUGCUCGGCCACCCAGCCGACGCUCAGCAGUUAGCCGAUAUCAAUGGUCGUGGCGGCCUGCCCGCGCGCCCGGCGGUACGACGCCACGCAAUCCUGGAAGAUGUUGCCGCAGCCGUAGUUGCCCUGGCCGCGGUGGCCCAUAACUCCGGCAAGCGAGCUGAGUAUGAUAAAGAAGUCGAGGUCCUGCGGCAAUAG